AUGGCGGCGAAACCAAAGCGCUGUGAAGUUUCGGUUGUAGGUUUGAUCUGCGCGGCGCUGCUUUCGGUCAGCGGACUGACCACAGCCUCGGACUUAACAUGGGACGACAACGGAUACGUGCUCUACUGUCCGUGCAUGGGUCGCUUUGGAAACCAGGCGGACCACUUUCUCGGCUCGCUGGCCUUUGCCAAAGCGCUGAACCGGACACUGGCGGUGCCCCCCUGGAUUAUUUACCGGCAUCAUGCGCCGCCGUACACAAAUGUGCACAUCCCCUACAGCGAGUAUUUCAAGCUUGAGCCGCUUAAGCAGUACCACCGUGUGGUGAGUCUGGAGGAUUUCAUGGCUCAUCUGGCCCCUACACACUGGCCCCCGGGACAGAGGACUGCCUACUGCUUUGAGUCUGCUGUUCAAAGGAGUUUGGACAAGAAGAGCUGCCCCAUGAAGGAUGGAAAUCCGUUUGGUCCAUUCUGGGACCAUGUUGGAGUGGAUUUUGAGCACUCUGUUCCAUUUAGUGGCCUGUCUUUCAGCUCUUACUACAUACCACACUGGAUAAAAAGGUUCCCCCCAGCAGAGCACCCCGUGCUGGCUAUGCCUGGAGCCCCAGCACAGUUCCCUGUGCUGGAGGAGCAUAUUAGCCUGCAGCGCUAUGUGGUAUGGGCUGACAUGAUGGUGGAGGACGGAGAAAAACACAUCAGCACUCUGCUCCCUAGGCCUUACGUAGGCAUCCACCUCCGGAUCGGAUCAGACUGGCAAAACGCCUGUAAGUUGCUGCAGUCGGGGGAUGCUGGCCCUCACUUCAUGGCCUCGCCGCAGUGUGUGGGUUACGACCGGCAGACAGCGCUGCCUCUCACCUUCACCAUGUGUCUGCCUGACCUGCCGGAGAUCCUGCGUGCCGUCAAACUCUGGGUUAAAAAGACAAAAGCUCAGUCUGUUUACAUCGCCACCGACUCGGAGUCCCACAGUGCUGACAUUGAGAGAGCCUUCAAAGGAGAGGUCAAGGUGGUCAGUCUUCGCCCAGACGUGGCUCAGCUUGACCUGUACAUCCUUGGCCAGGCUGACCACUUCAUAGGGAACUGUGUCUCAUCCUUUUCAGCCUUUGUGAAGAGGGAAAGAGACAUCCAUGACAGGCCCUCAUCCUUCUUUGGGAUGGACUAUCCAGGCAAAAAGAAAAAAGAUGAGCUUUAGACGGAGCCUUGGACUGAUUUCAGGUGGUUGGUUUUGUUCCUACAGAACAGAAAGGCUCUGCACAUUUUAAGGACGUUUUAAGAUGUAGUGUUUUAAUCAGCGUAGAAAGCACAAGACGUUUGGGAUAACAGGAUGAAUUGUUCGACAAAAAACGGUUCUCAAACAGAUUUCCACUCCAGAUUUCCUCUCUCACUCGUUUCUUCUCCUCCAACAGAAAGAAUUGAAAUAAUCUGAAAUAAAUCUGAAAUAAGA